UUCAACCACCAUACCAGCAGGCUUGUUCUAUUACUUAAAUGUGCAACUAAACACAAUAGCACAACUUUCUCUCUGAACCUAACCACAAAACUCAAAACCAUUAUUGAAAAAGGAAAACUUAACAAAGAAGGAUUGAAAUGAAAGUCGGGCGAAGCAGUCCAAGUCUUUUUUAAACACCCCUCCCCUUACUUAUUUUCCCAUCGAAGAAAAUAAAAUGGAUAUUACAAGGAUAUUGCCUGAAGAGUGCCUGUGUUUGAUCAUAUCGUUGACUUCGCCUGUAGAUGCAUGUGGAUCGGCUAUGGUUUCUCACGCUUUGAGAUCGGUUGCAGACUGUGAUGCAGUGUGGGAAAAGUUUCUGCCGUGUGAUUACAAGUCCAUCAUAUCGGGAUCGUCGUCGUCGUUGCUUUCGCCGGGGAAAAGAAGGAUCUAUAUUUUCAUCUCUGUUUCCAUCCCAUUCUCAUUCAAAAUGGUACCAUGGUUCUCAGAAGUUGCCGAGCUCAAACUUGUGUGGUGGCUCGAGGUGAAGGGGAUGAUUGACAUCAGAAUCUUAUCUUACAAUACAAACUAUGCAGCAUACCUUGUGUUUAAGCUUAGAAACAAGCGUACAAUUGAGUUUAGGCAUAGAGCCGUUGGCUUGCAUAUCAAUGUCGGCGGAAUCACCUCAUGGGAAGUGCGGAGGGUGUCGUUAGACCCUUCACAAAAUGGGACCCAACAUGUUCGAGAGAGAGAAGAUGGGUGGAUGGAGGUUGAAAUGGGCGAGUUUUUUAAUGAAUUUGGUGAUGAUGGAACUGUACAGCUUAGUCUUAGGGAGAUUGAUACAAGUUGCUAUAAGCAAGGCCUCAUUAUUGAAGGAAUUGAGCUACGGCCUAAAGAUACUGGUAGCUAGGUAGACUUUGGAUUAGGGUUUGGUAAGCUCUACGGCCUAAAGAUACUGGUAGCUAGGUAGACUCUAGAUUAGGGUUUGAUAAGCUCACCUUAUUUGAAGUGAUUCACAAUUUCAUCUAACUCGUAUGAAUGAUAUUUUAAAAUUUUCAA